UGCUGCUGGAGCCGGCGGCGGCCAGAGGGCUCGUAGCGGCUGGAGCGGCGGCGGCCGGAGCGCCAGGACCCCUGACCACACCCCGGCGCCCCAGAGCCUGCCAGCGCGCACCCCGGACCUUCGCGUGUCGCCGGCUCGAGGCGGGUGCAAAACAUUACAAAGCUUCGUAAUCACCCCAAGACCACAUAGAGCAAACAUGAAUGAUAUUUCCCAAAAGGCUGAGCUUCUGAUUACUUCAUCUAAACCUGUACCAAAAACCUAUGUGCCAAAACUUGGCAAGGGUGAUGUAAAGGAUAAGUUUGAAGCCAUGCAGAGAGCCAGGGAAGAAAGAAAUCAAAGGAGAUCUAGAAACGAAAAGCAAAGAAGAAAAGAACAAUAUAUUAGAGAGAGAGAAUGGAACAGGAGAAAGCAGGAGAUUAAAGAAAUGCUUGCUUCUGAUGAUGAGGAAGAGGUAUCUUCUAAAGUAGAAAAGGCUUAUGUCCCAAAGCUAACAGGAACUGUUAAAGGUAAAUUUGCUGAAAUGGAGAAACAAAGACAAGAGGAACAAAGGAAGAGAACAGAAGAGGAACGAAAACGCAGAAUUGAGCAGGAUAUGUUAGAAAAGAAGAAGAUACAACGUGAAUUAGCAAAAAGGGCUGAGCAGAUUGAGGACAUAAACAAUACGGGAACUGAAUCAGCAUCAGAGGAAGGAGAUGAUUCACUGCUUGUAACAGUGGUACCUGUCAAAUCACACAAAACAUCUGGAAAAAUAAAAAAGAAUUUCGAAGAUCUAGAAAAAGAACAAGAAGAAAAGGAAAGGGUCAAGUACGAAGAAGGUAAAAGAAUAAGAUAUGAAGAACAACGUCGAUCUCUCAAGGAAGCAAAGUGUCUUUCAUUGGUCAUGGACGAUGAACUGGAAAGUGAGGCAAAAAAAGAGUCACUUUCUCCUGGAAAAUUGAAACUGACUUUUGAAGAAUUGGAAAGACAAAGACAAGAAAACCGAAGGAAGCAAGCUGAGGAGGAAGCAAGAAAACGUUUAGAAGAAGAAAGGCGUGCUUUUGAAGAAGCAAGGCGGCAAAUGGUAAAUGAAGAGGAGGAAAACCAAGACACAGAAAACAUUUUUAAAGGGUACCGCCCUGGUAAACUUAAACUCAGUUUUGAAGAAAUAGAAAGACAAAGGAGAGAAGAUGAAAAAAGGAAAGCAGAAGAAGAAGCCAGAAGAAGAAUAGAGGAAGAAAAGAAGGCAUUUGCUGAAGCAAGGAGAAGCAUGGUAGUAGAUGAUGACUCCCCAGAGAUGUAUAAAACAAUCUCUCAAGAAUCUCUUACACCGGGAAAACUAGAAAUUAAUUUUGAAGAAUUAUUAAAACAAAAAAUGGAAGAAGAAAGACGACGAACAGAGGAGGAACGGAAGCAUAAGCUAGAGAUGGAAAAACAGGAAUUUGAACAACUGAGACAAGAAAUGGGAGAGGAAGAAGAAGAAAAUGAAACCUUUGAACUGAGCAGGGAAUAUGAAGAAUUAAUCAAAUUGAAAAGGAGUGGCUCUAUUCAAGCUAAAAAUCUAAAAAGCAAGUUUGAAAAAAUUGGACAAUUGUCUGAAAAACAAAUACAGAAAAAGAUAGAAGAAGAACGAGCAAGAAGAAGAGCAAUUGAUCUUGAAAUUAAAGAGCGAGAAGCAGAAAACUUUCAUGAGGAAGAAGAUGUUGAUAUCAAGCCUGCAAAAAAAAGUGAGGCUCCAUUUACUCAUAAAGUGAAUAUGAAAGCUAGAUUUGAACGAAUGGCUAAGGCAAGAGAAGAAGAAGAACAAAGAAGAAUUGAAGAGCAAAAGUUAUUACGCAUGCAGUUUGAACAAAAGGAAAUUGAUGCAGCACUACAAAAGAAAAGAGAAGAGGAGGAAGAAGAAGAAGGUAGCAACAUGAAUGGCUCCACCAUUGAAGAUGAAGAGCAAACCAGAUCAGGAGCUCCAUGGUUUAAGAAGCCUCUAAAAAACACAUCAGUUGUAGACAGUGAGCCAGUUAGAUUUACUGUUAAAGUAACAGGAGAACCCAAACCAGAAAUUACAUGGUGGUUUGAAGGAGAAAUACUGCAGGAUGGAGAAGACUAUCAAUAUAUUGAAAGAGGAGAAACUUACUGUCUUUAUUUACCAGAAACUUUCCCAGAAGAUGAAGGAGAGUAUAUGUGUAAAGCAGUGAACAAUAAAGGCUCUGCAGCUAGUACAUGCAUUCUUACCAUUGAAACUGACGACUACUAGGUCCCCUUCCCUCUCCCUGGAACACACCCUUCUCUCUCCGACUUUCUUACUGCAUCCAUCCUUUCUGUGGCGGGGCCA